UCACAGUUCGCAGGUGUCUCCUCAGCGGUAGGCCAUACAACUUUUAUUCCCUAACAAGUUAUCAUCAAUAAUCACAUUAUCAUAAUUUUAUUCAAAAACUCUAAUAAAACCACUGACUCUGUAUAUGAACCUACAAAGUGAGGUUCUUUUUCUGGAGCAAAAAGCAAAGAAACAAAGCUGGCAUAUCGCAAUGUUUUAGUUAAAUUAAAUGAGAACGUAUUAGGUUGAGCAGGAGAUGAGCUCACAUUCCUACCUGAUAAUCACAACAUUAUCUUCAUCUGAAUUCUGCUGCGCCAUUAUGUUCUUGAAACUAUGCUUGAAAAAAUUUCAAUAAUACCAGAGGAGAGAAUACUGUUGCGCUACUUGUAUGUAAUUAAUCUGUGUAUGUGUUUGUAAAAAGAGCUGCAGGCCUACAAAAGACCAUGACGGAAUGACUCCUCCCCAUUUCACACCUUUAGCCAGUCACGUUCCUAUUCAACAAUAGCAUUGCAUGAAGGAUGGCUUUAUUGGGAUAAACAAGAAUACAGUAUAAUCCUGGCCCUCUCUCCCCUCUGCUUGAUCUCAGCAGUGUAAGCUGCACAUGGGCCGAUCUGAACUUCUCUAAUAUGAUUAAGCAGCAGUGGGUGGAAGUACACAGCCUCUGUUUUUGGUUGAAAGAGACUGCCCAUGUAGCCUUAAGGCCUUCUGUGAGUUUUGGUAAAAGUUUUGCCUAAAAAGUGCUUCCAACCUUAAAAAUUUAUUUUUGAAAAACAUCCAGAAAGGUCUCCAUGAUUUAGAAAUAGAAAAAAAAAAAAAAAAAAGCAGGCCAUCUGCCUCUUAGUAUAGUGAAGCAGAAGGGAUUAAAUCCAGAUUAUGGCAGACUGUGUGUGUGUUGUUUGCGUGCGCAUGUAUGUGUCUGUUGCUUGUCAUCAGUGUGUCCUUGACUCUGUAGGCAAGCAGGAGGUUAGCUAGGGAGCUACCACUGGAUUGGAAAGCUACAGGAAGCGAAAGCGAAGCACCAGGAGAACCGUUUACUUUUUCAGUCCACGAAAACAUCCCCCUCCUUGGAGAGUAAACACUCGGAAGAACUCGUGAUGGCUUUUUUGAUCAAGAGCAUGAUUGGGAACCCCCUGUCAGGAAUAGGUCUUGGUGGUGGAGGCGACAAAGAGGAGGAGGCCACUCCGUCAGAUCCUGCAAAAGCAGCUGGGAUGACACGCGAGGAGUAUGAAGAGUACCAAAAACAGUUGGUAGAGGAGAAGAUGGAAAGGGAUGCAGAUUUCUUACACAAAAAGGCAGAGAGGGCAACGCUCAGAGUGUGUCUCAGGGACAAAUACAGACUGCCAAAGAGCGAGCAGGACGAGAACAUGAUAGAGAUGGCCGGGGACGACGUGGACGUGCCCGAGGAGCUGCUCAAGAUGGUGGACGAGGACGCCACGGAGGAGGAGGGCAAGGACUCCCUAAUGGGCCAGUUUCAAAACCUGCAGAACAUGGACAUGGACCAGUUGAAGGAAAAAGCCUCUGCCACGGUGACCGAGCUGAAGAGCAAAGCAGAGGAGAAGUGCUCUGUCAUGUGAACAGCCAAGGGUGGCGAAAGCCAAUGGCGGAAAGACAGGGGGGAUUGUUAAGAUAAUAAUUUAACAUAUUGCUAAGAAUAAACCAAGUUGUGAGUCUGAGGUUCUACACAUUUGUUGAGAAUAAGCCCUCUUUCCUGUUAUGUCACAUUAUUUGAUUCAAAUCAUAACAAGAAAUUAUAUCAAAACCAUCAGAAAAAUCUGCUAUAAAGUUUUUUUUUGCACACAAAUUUGCAGUACAUUAUAUUGUGUCGAUGGUGCCCAAUCCUUCUACUCUUAUUGUUCAGUGUUGUCAUGAAAUGAGACAGAUUAGUCUCUGUGUGUGUGUGUGUGUGCGUGGGUGUGCGUGUGUGUGUGUGUGUGUGUGUGUGUGUUGUUCUUUUUUUUCAUUAAAAAAGAAAGUCAAGGUAAUCCAACAUGUGCUGAUAGAAAACCAAUCCUUCCUGAGUUAUGCAACUUUCCUCUUGGUUCUGUUGUUUUUUUUUUCUUUCUUUUAUUUUUGUUUCUGCUGUAUAACUGUUCGAUAUAUUUAGCCACCUUUGGUGUUGCACGGAAGCAUGUGAUUUUCAGGUGUUACAAUAAUUUCAGCUGGAUUAAGUUUUUGCAGAAACAUUUGCAGAUUUGCACAAACUUACUGUAUAAAUACAUAAAUCAUAAAGGCAUGUGUGUUUUUGAAAUGCUUGAAUGCACAUGAUUGUGA